GCUUUCUAUGGAAGUUUUUCAUUGGAAUAGCGAGUGAGAAAUGUAUUUGAAGACGAGGGAAAUGAGAAAGGUAUGCGGGCUGCUAGGGAGUUUCGGGUGAGUUGUUUGGAAAGGAUGUGAAGGAAUUCAAAGUUUUACUUCAGGAGCCUAAAGCAAGGCGUGUCAGGGCCGUCCCGAAGGUAACUGGGGAAAUAGGUUUGUGGAGACAAAGCCCAGGGUCAGGCCCAGGGCGGAGCCUCCGCGGCCCGGGACGCAGGACUCGGCCUGAGCCGAGGACUGGGCGGAGCGCGGGCGGCACCGCCAAGCCGGAAAGAUGGCACCGCCCACGGAGCUGCCGGCCAGGCCCGAGCGAGGCGGCGCGCCCGGCUCCCGCGCCAUGGGGCGGCUGGUGGCUGUGGGCUUGCUGGGGAUCGCGCUGGCCCUCCUGGGCGAGAGGCUGGUGGCACUCAGAAAUCGACUAAAAGCCUCCGGAGAAGUAGAAUCUGUAGACCUUCCAAACUGCCACCUGAUUAAAGGAAUUGAAGCUGGCUCUGAAGAUAUUGACAUACUUCCCAAUGGCCUGGCUUUCUUUAGUGUGGGUCUAAAAUUCCCAGGACUCCACAGCUUUGCACCAGAUAAGCCUGGAGGAAUACUAAUGAUGGAUCUAAAAGAAGAAAAACCGAGGGCACGGGAAUUAAGAAUCAGCCGUGGGUUUGAUUUGGCUUCAUUCAAUCCACAUGGCAUCAGCACUUUCAUAGACAAUGAUGACACAGUUUAUCUCUUUGUUGUAAACCACCCAGAAUUCAAGAAUACAGUGGAAAUUUUUAAAUUUGAAGAAGCAGAAAAUUCUCUGUUGCAUCUGAAAACAAUCAAACAUGAGCUUCUUCCAAGUGUGAAUGACAUCACAGCUGUUGGACCAGCACAUUUCUAUGCCACAAAUGAUCACUACUUCUCUGAUCCUUUCUUAAAGUAUUUAGAAACAUACUUGAACUUACGCUGGGCAAAUGUUGUUUACUACAGUCCAAAUGAAGUUAAAGCAGUAGCAGAAGGAUUUGAUUCAGCAAAUGGGAUCAACAUUUCACCUGAUAAUAAGUAUAUCUAUGUUGCUGACAUAUUGGCUCAUGAAAUUCAUGUUUUGGAAAAACACCCUAAUAUGAAUUUAACUCAAUUGAAGGUACUUGAGCUGGAUACACUGGUGGAUAAUUUAUCUAUUGAUCCUUCCUCGGGGGACAUCUGGGUAGGCUGUCAUCCUAACGGCCAGAAGCUCUUCGUGUAUGAUCCAAACAAUCCUCCCUCGUCAGAGGUUCUCCGCAUCCAGAACAUUCUAUCUGAGAAGCCUACAGUGACUACAGUUUAUGCCAACAACGGAUCUGUUCUCCAAGGAAGUUCUGUGGCCUCAGUGUAUGAUGGGAAGCUGCUCAUAGGCACUUUAUACCACAGAGCCUUGUAUUGUGAACUCUAAAUUGCAUUUUUCGCAUGAAAGUGUGGUAACAAUUAAUUUUCUAUGAAUUGUGAAUUCUGAGGGAAUUCAAUCAGCAACAUUGACCCAGAAAUGUAUGGCAUGUGUAGUUAAUUUUAUUCCAGUGAGGAAUGGCCCUUUUAGUUCUUAGAGCACUUUUAACAAAAAAGGAAAAUGAACAGGUUCUUUAAAAUGCCAAGCAAGGGAGAGAGAAGAAAGCUGCUUUCGAAUAAAGUGAAUACAUUUUGCACAAAAUAAGCCUCACCUUUGCCUUCCAACUGCCAGAACAUGGAUUCCACUGAAAUAGAAUGAGUUAUAUUUCCUUUAAAUGUGAGUGACCUCAGUUCCAGCACUGUGACCACUAUGGCUGUUUAAAACUACUGAUAAUAACAUGUUUUGAUGUUUUGUACUUACAUCUUUGUUUACCAUUAAAAUGUUGGAGUUAUAUUAAAGAUUAAAAUCCCA